AUGCCUGUAUUCUCCCGUUUGGCGGUAGCCGUCCAGCUCUUCAGCGUAUUCGUCUCCCCCGUCCUUGGCGCCGCGGCCACGCAGCAAUACGACUAUGUUAUUGUUGGUGGAGGAAUUACAGGGUUGGUUGUAGCUAACCGUCUCACUGAAGACAAGAGGAAGUCUGUACUAGUGAUUGAAGGUGGCGACAAUGUCGACAAGGACUCCACCAAGAUUCCAUACAAGGCGAACGACUUGUCAUCCGCUGCUGGAUUAAUUUGGGAUGGCAUCAAGUCAAAGCCUGAGCCCGGACUUGGCGGCUCGUCAUAUGACGUGUACGUCGCAAAGGUCCUCGGUGGAGGAUCGGUUAUCAAUGGAAUGGUGUAUGACCGCGGUUCGGCUGCCGACUACGAUGCGUGGGAGGCGCUCGGCAACAACGGCUGGGGUUGGAGUGGUUUGGAACCAUACUUUAUCAAGGGUACCACCUUCCAGCCUCCGUCUGAUCAGGUCACUGCAGACUUCAACGUCACCUGGGACGAUUCUACGUACGGCGAUGGACCGUUGAAGGUGAGCAUCACGAGCAAUCAGUAUGCCGACAUCAAGGACUACUGGAAGGCGUGGAAGGCUACCGGCGUCUAUGCUCCCCAGGAUGGCAACAAUGGCGAAGCUCAUGGUCCAUCUUGGUAUCCCAACACCAUGGAUGCGACUACCGGACGGAGAGCUCAUGCGCGUUAUGCGUACUACGACCCCAUCACCGCGCGCACCAACCUCAAGAUCCUCACCGCCACGACAGCGACAAAGAUCCUCUUCGACGACAAGAAGAACCCUACCAUGGCAGUUGGUGUAGAGAUUACCGAUGCCAGUGGUAAGAAGUCCAACGUCUAUGCGAAGAAGGAAGUUGUCCUCGCCGCCGGAGCUAUCCAGACGCCCAAGUUGCUCCAGCUUAGCGGUGUCGGUCCCAAGUCCGUCUUGAAGGCUGCUGGUGUCAAGGUCCGCGUUGAACUCGACGCAGUAGGCUCCAACUUCCAAGACCACGCCUACGGUACCGUCAUCUUCAACACCACCACCAACACCUUCCCCAACCAGAACUCGUUGAACACCAAUGCUACCUUCAACGCUAGUGCUUGGGCGGAAUACGAAGCUCAUAAGACUGGUCCCUACACAUAUGCUCGCGGAAACGCACUCGCAUUCAUCUCCCUCCCUGACAUGACCGAUGACGCCGACGCCGUUGUCAAUAGCUUGAACAGCCAGAAGGAUAGCGACUACCUCCCUGCCAUCUACAAGAACAACGCGAAGCUCCUCAAGGGAUUCUCGCGCCAGCGCGCUAUCAUCGCAAACCUGUUCACACGCUACGACGCUGCUGUCGCCGAGUUCCCCGUUCCAGCUGAUGGCAGCUUCGGCCUCGUCGGUGUUGAAAAGCCACUCUCUCGCGGUACUGUCUACCUCAACGCAUCGAACCCCUCCGGUCCUCCCGAGGUCUCUUUCAAUGCUUUCGUCAACCCCGUGGACAAGACCAUUCUCGGCAUCAGUCUGCGCUUCUUCCGCACCGUCUGGGCCAGGCCCGAGCUCAAGCGCUUCCAGAUCAGCGAAAAGGUCCCUGGUGCUCAGUACAAGACUGACGAUGAGAUCUUCUCGGCGCUGCUGAGCCAGAAGAACCUGUCGCCCACGCUUGCACAUCCUUCCGGCUCCUGCCCGAUGAUGCCCGAGCAUGCGGGUGGCUGUGUCAGUGACAAGUUGCUGGUGUAUGGUACCCAGCAUCUCUCUAUUAUUGAUGCUUCUAUCAUCCCCAUCAUCCCGUCUUGCCAUCUGCAGGCUACCAUGUACGGUAUUGGCGAGAAGGCUGCCGAUGUCAUCAAGCAGAGGUCUUAA